AUGAAGCAAAAACCAUUGGAGGAACCUGCUCUUGUUAAGCUUAAGGCUGAGAGAGAUCCUGAAAAGCUAUUUGAUCUUUUCAAGGCCAAUGCUAGAAAUAGGCUUGUCAUUGAGAAUCGGUUUGCAUUUGAAGACACUGUUUCUCGCUUAGCUGGUGCUCGACGAUUUGAUUACAUUGAAGAGUUGCUUGAGCAACAAAAGUCCCUUCCACAAGGGCGACGUGAAGGGUUCAUCGUAAGGAUAAUAAUGUUGUAUGGGAAGGCUGGGAUGGCUAAGCAUGCUAUCAAUACCUUUUAUGAUAUGCAUUUUUAUAAGUGUAGAAGGACUGCCAAGUCUUUCAAUGCUGCACUUAAAGUUUUGGCAGGAGCCCGGGACAUAGCAGCAAUCGAGACAUUUCUGAAUGAGGUUCCUGAGAAGUAUGAUAUAGAAUUAGAUACAUAUUCAAUGAACAUUGUCAUUAAGGCCUUUUGUGAAAUGGAGAUUUUGGACAAGGCAUUUUCAAUCAUGGUGCAGAUGGAAAAGUUGGGAAUAAGGGCAGAUGUUAUCACAUACACUACACUUAUUGCAGCAUUUUACAGAAAGAACAGGUUAGAAAUCAGUAACGGUUUGUGGAACCUUAUGGUACUUAAGGGUUGCUUACCAAAUCUUGCAACUUUUAAUGUUAGGAUACAGUAUUUGGUGAACAGGAGACAAGCAUGGAAAGCAAAUGAUCUUAUGCUUUCAAUGGAAAGAGUUGGCAUCAUACCAGAUGAGAUUACUUAUAACUUAGUUAUCAAAGGUUUUUUCCAGGCUGGAUAUCCUGAGAUGGCAAAAAGGGUAUAUUCUGCAUUGCAUGGAAGGGGGUUUAAGCCCAAUGUUAAAAUAUACCAGACAAUGGUACAUUAUUUGUGUGAGGGCGGGGAGCUUGAUUUGGCAUAUAAGAUGUGUACUGCCUGUAUGAGAAAGAACUGGUUCUUGAGCGUAGACUCUAUUUCUGCGCUACUUAUUGCCUUAAAGAAGAAUGAGAAGAUUGACAAGGCUAGGAUGGUCAUGACAUUGGUCAAGAAGAAGGUGCCAUCAUUCUCUUCAAACCAAUUAAGCUUGUUGGAGUCUAUUUUUUCCAGUAGUUGAAGGGAUUAGAGAUGUGGUUAAUUCACUCAUCGCACGGGCUGAAUUGCAAGCUGGACUCUGUAACCUAUCACUCCAUGUGAUCCCGAAAAUGAAUGGUGCCCUUGAUUGCGCUGAUUCAACUAUAGCAGCACUCUGAUGAAUAAUUGCGAUGAAGAAGACAGGUCUUGCAGCUGGUGACCUGAUUCUUGAAGUGUUCUUGAGUUCUGACUGCAAAGAGUGCCAGAAAAGGUGCCUCUGUUCAUACUUCUAAACUCAACGUGAUUCUUUCCUGCGCCAUAGGUUACAGUGGUUUGCAUUAUUUUUCAUAUGCAAUAUCAGAAAUUGUUGUCCUGGAACCGUAUCAGAAAUAAAUCCUUCUGCUUUUUCUGGUUUUGUUCUGGAGUUGUGCGCUCAGAACUUUUUCUACAGCCAUUUAUCCAGUUUGUAAUUAUGAUCUGAUUCUGCCACCUUUUAAAGAUGAUUAUCUGACGUUAACUGAAAGUUGGAAAAUAUUGGUGGUCUAAACUGAUGAUAAGUGCUAAAUCAUCGUUUUCUUUAGCACCUUCAAAAUGUUAUUGUGCCGAUAUCCAGAUGUAAAGAUUGCAAUGUGAAGGAAGGCUGCAACAACUGAUCGCAGAUAUAUCUUCUUGGGAAUUGGUUUUCAUAUUGGGGAUAGCUACUGCAAGCUUUCAUUUGAUAUGAAAUUCUUCAUCAUUCGAUGUCAUUCAUGUAAGCCUUUUGUAUGAUGGCAUGAACAUGUUCAUCAAGAACGCCAGAAACAGUAGUCCGUGCAAUGGCGAGGCCAGGUUUCUUUCCAUCCUGUUAAGCACAUACGACGACAAGAUGGAUAUCAUACGAAGGAGGAUGUAACUCCCUUGAUGUCCGACAGUAUUAUCGACCAUUUUUUUCUCUUCUAGGUUUUACCAUGUGUUUGAGAGGCUUUUUAUCUUUUAAUCAAAGCUUGUAAAUAGAAGAUGGUAGUUCACCAAAAAAAGAAAAAAUCCCUGAGGUGUGCUUGUAAUACUGUAUAACUGCAUUAGCUAGUAUAGAAACUUAUAGAUGCCAGAUGGAAUGGCAUUCACUGUUAUUUUCGG